AUGGCGGCGGACUACAAUGUCAAGUCAGUCCCCGCUCUGGAAGAGAUAGAAAUUGCGAAGGAUGUCUGCGCAAUCGCUGUUGAGGGCAGUACGGAUACGGCCGAACUGGACGCAAUCGUCGGCUCCGGUCGCCUUCCUGACCAUAGCGAUACCGACAACCUCGUAUACGUGAACGCAGUCCUCAAGGAAGCCCCGCGCAGGCACGCAGUCGUGCCUGUGGGCUUACCCCACCGCACACUCGGGGAUGAUGAGGUCAAUGGGUAUUUCAUCCCUGCUGGGACUACGAUAAUCAUCAACGUCUGGAGCAUCCUGCAUGAUCCCGACACAUACGAGGAUCCCUUCGUGUUUCGUCCAGAGCGCUUCAUUAAGGACGGAAAGCUGGACCCCACUGUGCAGGACCCGGCCGAUUAUAUGUUUGGAUUCGGUCGACGGCAUGUGCAGCUUUCUCCCGUUCAUUGCAACAGGGUUGUGACGUCUCCUGACAGGAUUUGUCCCGGACGCCAUCUCGCAAUCCCCUCCCUGUUCAUCAACAUCGUCUCAAUCCUGCACGUCUUCGACAUCAGUUUACCGCUCGACCGCAACGGGCAGCCAGUAUCGGUGAAGUACGAGGAAACCCAUGGUCUUGUGAGACCGCCGCUUCGCCGCUGGCUUGAUGCGGGGAAGUUUCGCGGGUACUCCGGGCAUGCGCAGUCGAUGUUGAAUGCCGUCUGGCUAUGCCACGCGCUGUCACUCGCCCAGUGCCGAUAUACGUAUGCGACCAAGACGUACGCGGAUUCGAUCACGUUCAAUUGGUCCUCUCCGGCAGCGUGCCGCGUAUCUGGUUCUUCACUCACGCUGUUGGACUAA